AUGUUCUUUUUUCUAUCUAUCUAUCUAUCUAUCUAUCUAUCUAUCUAUCUAUCUAUCUAUCUAUGUCUUUUUUUCCAUCACUGUUUGAAUUACCUAUCUAUAUAUCUGUCUUUUGUGUUGUUUUUUUCAUCUAUCUAUCUAUCUAUCAUUCAUCUAUCUAUCUAUCUAUGUCUUUUCCAUCACUGUUUGAAUGACCCAUCUAUAUAUCUGUCUUUGUAUGUUCUUUUUCAUCUAUCUAUCUAUCUAUCAUCUAUUCAUAUCUAUCUAUCUAUCUAUCCAUUCAUCUAUCUAUCUAUCAUAUCAUCUCAAUUUCUAGCUGAGUCUGUUCAUAUCUAUCUAUCCAUCUAUCCCAGUCUGUUCCUAUCUAUCUAUCUAUCUAUCUAUCUAUCAAUACUCUUCAUCGUUCUUCCGAAAACAUUUCGCCUGCCAUUUUUACUUUUGUUUCAUCCUCUUUUCUUUCCUAUCUUUCUUUCUUUCUUUCUUUCUUUCUUUGUCGCUUUUUUCUUAACUUCUACCUCUUUCGUUAUUUUUCAAGAUUCUCUUUCUUUCUUUUCGCUUUUGUCUGAGCUUCAACCACUUUCAUUCUUUAUUACUUUUUCAUUUUCUUUCUUUCUUUCUUUCUUUCUUUCUUUCUUUCUUUUCUCUUAA